AUGCCUUCUCAAAGGGACGAGGUCCAAAAAGCUGUCAUUGUCGGCAUUUCAGGGCCUUCAUCCAGCGGCAAGACUACUCUGGCACGACUUCUACAGCGCAUCUUUUCGGGAGUUCGUAUUGCCUCGGCGUCGGAUGAGAGCGUGAGCUCGGAGAACCCAAGAUUGAAGACCUUUAUCAUUCAUGAGGAUGAUUUCUAUUACCCGGAUGACAAAAUCCCAUACACAACAACCCCAUCAGGCAAAACUGUCCAAGACUGGGAUACCUCCUCCGCAAUAGACACAUCAUUCCUCGCCCAAGCACUCUCCUACGUCCGCACCCACGGCCAUCUCCCACCCCGCCUCCAAAGUAAAGAAGACCAAAACGAGGAAGCAGGGCCAUGUGUCUCAGAAACCUUGCUCGCUGAGAUCCGCUCUGAGGUCGAGCAACGCAUCCUGUCCGCUGCUGCGCGGUUGAAACCGCACUUUCCGACUCUGGUGUUCAUGGAGGGCUUUUUGCUAUAUGCACCGCCGGACGGAUAUGCCUUGUCCAGGGGCGAGGACGGUCAUUCCGCGAUGGCAGGUGAUAAGCAUUAUCCGACUGAUCACGGGGCACUGAAGCCCGUUCAUGCGCAGAUUGGGUUGCCGUUAUUCUUGCCGGCGGCUUAUUCGACCGUCAAGGCGAGGAGGGAAGGGAGGAGUGGGUAUGUGACGAUUGGGCCGGCGCCGGAUCCCCCAGCUGCAGUUGAAGAAGGGAAGAAAACGGAAACGGAGAUGGUGAACGAGACGGGGAAGCCGCAGGAGGUUGACCUUGAAGGCGAAGAUGAUCGGCCGCCGCAGAACUUCUGGACUGAUCCACCUGGUUAUGUUGAUGACAUUGUUUGGCCUCGAUAUGUGCGUGAUCAUGCAUGGCUACUGGUUGGUGGAGAUGGUCCCACAGAGAAGGGCGAGGAUAUACAAGCAAGGGUCGGAGAAGGUGUCGAGGUUCGCCACGAUGUUGGUAUCAAGGUAGCACCGGGGAAAGGCUCCGUGGGAAUGGAGAUCGUGUUACGAUGGGCAGUGGAUGAAAUUAUGUCAUUUUACAUUGAUUGA